UGGUGCGCAUGUGUAUUACAUCGUUUCCAUGACAACUACAACAACAAAUAGCCUCAGGCACUUUUCUUUAAAAUUACUUCUUCACUCCUCAAACUCGCUAACUAUAGCACGCAUGGAGGUGAAACUUGGUGCGCAUGUGUAUUACAUCGUUUCCAUGACGACCACAACAACAAAUAGCCUCAGGGCACUUUUCUUUAAAAUUACUUCUUCACUCCUCAAACUUGCUAACUGCAGCACACAUGGAGAUGAA